UAUUCGUAUUAUAUUCUAUAUUCAACUGGAGUGAUAUCGAUACUCAUUAGCGCUUAGAAAUUUGUACAAGGAAUAUAUAUUUUUUCCUCAAGAAAACAACACCCUAAAACACAGAAAAAUGUCUGACCCUUGCAACUGCUCAGAAACUGGAAACUGUUUGUGCGUAGCCACCUGCCCAUCAACUGGAUGUAAAUGUGGGGGCGGAUGUAAAUGUGGACCCAGCUGCAAGUGUCCCGGAUGUAAAGUCAAUUGCAACUGCAACGGACUCUGCGCUUGCGGAAAGGGCUGCCUUGGACCUCAAUCAUGUAAAUGUACGGACAGUAACUGCGUCUGGAAUGAUGGUAAUGCAACACAGCGAAUCCCCAAAAUAAUUAUGACUCCCCACUCUGACAUAAAUAUGUCUGAUUCCUGCAACUGUCUAACAACCGGGAAAUGUUUGUGUACAGACUCCUGUCCAUUGAGUGGAUGUAAAUGUGGAAGCGUAUGUAAAUGUGGAUCCAGCUGCAAGUGUCCCGGAUGUAAAAUCGAUUGUAACUGCAACGGAAUCUGCGCCUGCGGAAAAGGCUGCAUCGGACCUCAAUCCUGUAAAUGUACCGACAGUAACUGCCUCUGCAAAAAAUGACUGCCUGGUCACGUGACAGAAUUCCAUUGUAAAGAACGAAAUAAUAAAUGUAUAAUAUUCCAUAA